AUGGAAAAAUCUAGUAGAGCAGGAGGAGAAGGCGAUAUGGCUAUUUCUAUAAGAAGAAUUUCACUAAAAUUAUUAGGAGCCAGGGUAUUUAUUGCUUUAGUAAUUCUUGGUGUGGCUCAGUCUUUGGAUAUAAAAAAGACAUUGGAAGACAGCAAAGAGACUGUAAGCAGACUCUUAUGCAUAGAAAACAAAACUGACGCAGAAAGAAUUGUUUGUGCAGAGAGUAACAAGAUAGAUGUGUCAGAGUUAGGAGGAAAUGCUACUCUUUCUGAGGCUGAAGAAAGCGGAGAAGAAAAGAAGGCAGAAACAGAGAAGAAACUGGCCAUAUGCAAGAGCAGUUUAGAAAAAGCAGAUGAACUACUGAGAAGGCAGGAGUACUUAAGUGCUUUGAACUACUUUAAUAUUGCACAGGGGGAGUAUAUUCUGUCUGGAGUAAGCGAUGAGUCUUCUUCUAUUCUUAAAGAAAUACAGGAUGGGAAGUACAAAACACUUCUCAAACUGGGAAGAUUUGAAGAGAUAAUUGAUGAACUAAGGAGCAGUGUAGAUGAGGAUGAUGUUAAAUUGGUGCAGAAAGUAUCUGGAUAUAUUGCGCUGAAUAUUAACUCACCUGAGGAUGAGCUGAAUCAUGCGCUAUUAGAAUGUCCACAUUCUUCUACUUUGCUAGUUCUUAGGAUAGAGCAGAGAAUACGCCACAAGAUCUACAAUCUAGCUCUUUUAGAUGCAGAGGCACUUUCUGAGAUAGACGGGCAAAAAGAGAGAGGAGAACUGCUGAUGAUGCAGUGCUACUUUUUGAUGGGGAAAUCUGGGAAAGGCCUGUCUAUACUAGAAACCAUGUCGCACCUUACUACUCUUUAUGAAAAGGCUAGCUUCAUUAUGCAGAAGUACAGUAAUCUAAACAAAAACAACUACCGAUCUACACAGCACAAUUACAUGGUAUGGAAGAACUUUGUAGAUAGAGAUUUAGUAUUGGCAAAGCUGAUUGACUCGCGGUUUGUUCCCACAAUCUUUACGUACACCAAGAUACAGGGACUGGAAGUUCUUGUUCGAAUGGGAGUGGAGUUAAAGCAUCCAACAGAGCAAAUACUUGCACACUCUAAACAAAUUCUUGUAGAGGGCAGUAAAGGCGCGAUCAAGACCCAGGAUGACUGGAAGAGGCAUAUAAUUCUGAUGAUUAAUCUGGGCAGUUUCUCCGAUGCUUUUGAUAUUAUUAAGAUAAAUAUGACAGAAGGCACUCCUGCGUACGAUGAGGUAAAGGAGCUAUACAAUCAGAAGAUAAAAAUAGCAAGAGAAAAGAAGGCAAAGAUAGACGAGAUUAAAAGAAAAAAGAAGGAAGAGGCUGACCAGAAAGCAAUAGACGAUGCAAUCAAGAAAGAAAAGUCUCGUUCAGAGAGGAGAAUCCGAGUGGUUAAAUCUAAAAGAGGAAGAAUUGUUGAUGCAAAUGGAUUCUACAAAUUCCUUGGUCUAAAGCCUGGAUCUUCAGCAAAGGAGGUAAUGAGUGCGUACAGAAAAAUAAGCAAAAAGGCAAACAUCUCCUUAAGAAAGAAUAGAGGUAACCCGGAAGAGAGUAAAAAGGCCAAUGAUUUAAUUGUAAGAGCAAACAAAGCAAAAGAUGUACUUUCAAACAAAAUAAAGAAGGAAGAAUAUGACACAGGCUAUUACAUGACAGAUAAAGAGAGAGAUACAUGGGGGUACAAUGACGAUGCAAUGGAUCAGUACGAAGAAAAUAACGGUUCAUACGGAGGUGGAAACCAUGGCGCCGAUUUAUUCGAAAUAUUAAUGAAUGGCGGCGGCUUUGGCGGAGGCUUCGGUGGAGGCUUUGGCGGCGGAUUCGGCGGUGAAAGCUUUGGCGGCGGCUUUGGAAGAGGCGGCACCCGCAGAGUAGUUUACUAUAUGUAA